CAAUCAACGAGGGAACAAUAAAAGAUACUUAUUUAAUUAGUAGGUGGCUUCUCAUUGGCUAGUUCAUGAAAACGCGGAUUACAUUUUGUUUGUUAUCCACCAUUGAUAGAGAAAUAUCUAACGGACACAAAUGAUCUAUUUUGUUUUUCUUCUCUCAACUUUCUUCUUUCUUCUUUCUUCGUCCCCUUCACUCAGAUUGAAUCUUCUCUCUUGCUCUCUUCGUUACAAGUUCACACAUCUAUGAUUAAAUCUGAGAAAUGGAAAGAACUGAUGAAUCAUGAAGAAGUGGUGGGGUGACGAAACAGAUGCGGUGCAGCGGUGGUCGCGUGAGAAUCGGAGGCAGUGUGACGAUUUGGUUCUCUGAACGCGAAGGAAAAGUGGUGGCCGGAGAAGGACGUGUGACGAAUUGGUUCUCUGAACAAUGAAAUGAAUUUUCACAGGAGCCUGAGAUGACUCGGUGUUUUCAGGGUGCAGAGCUAUGGAGAGUGAGAUUGAGAAGAGGAAGAUGAAGAUUCGUGAAUGUGUCCAGGCUAGCCGGCGGUGGAGGCGUGACGAGUGAGAGGUUACCGGGAGUGGACAUGUAAUUCGGAGGUGCACCGGAGGCGGAGGUGACAAAAGUGGAGGCUCACCGGAGAUAUAUAUUUUAUAUCUGUUGUAUUUUGUUUUCUAAUUAAUUAAUAAAAAUAUUUUUUUUUAAUAUUUUUUUUAGUAAUAGUCACGUAUUAGUCAUAAACAGAACGUGACUAAAUAGUCACAAUUUUUAUGUGUCUAUAGCGUGACCAAAUUAGUCACAAAAUUGCAUGUGGCAAAACGUGACUAUUUAAGUCACGAAAAUAUCACGAUGCAAAAUGGUCACGAUCGUAUAGCUACGUUUUUUUUCCGUGACUUUUCAUGUCUAUUACUCUGUAUAGUCACGAAUUUUUAGCUGUUGUCACGAAAAUCACCGUGGCUAUAGACAACUUUUCUACUAGUGAACCGUCCAGACGAGUACUACAUCAACAUAUCAGCUAUUCAACUUCCAGAGAUUCAGAAGCCGAACUUCGAGCUCAAGCCUCAGUACUACUCUCUCGUGUCUCAGAUACCUUAUUCUGGGCUAUCACACGAGAAUCCUAUGGACCAUCUGGAGAGGUUCGAGGAUCUUAUCGCUGCUAUUCGUAUGGAUGGAGUCCCUGAGGACUACCUACUCUGCAAGCUCUUCAAAUACACACUGAUUGGAGAAGCUUCGCACUGGCUCAAGCAGCUACCUACAGGAUCACUGACAUCCUGGGCCGACAUCAAAAAUGUCUUCCUGCGUAAUUUCUUUGAUGAGGCACGCGCUGAAGACUUAAGAAGCAAAAUCACCACUUUCGCGCAAAAGCCUAGUCAGACUUUUAAAGACGCGUGGAUCAUAUUUAAUUUCUUCCAACGAGACUGUCCACACCAUGGAUUCAAUGAAGUGCAGCUGCUAAGCACUUUCUACAGAGGUAUCGCCUUGAGGUAUCAGAUGGCUCAUGAUACUGCUAGUGAGGGAAACUUCAACACUAGGAAUCCAAUAGAGGCUGUGAGACUUAUUGAGAACCUAGCCAACAGUAGCAGCACCAAGAACACUGACUCUGAUAAGAAGAAAUCGGUUGCAGCCAUCGGGGAAGACCAGAUGAAUGAAGUCAGAGCCAAGAUAGAUGCUUUACAUGCAUUUCUGGGGCAGCCAGUCUGCUCAGCUGAAGAAGGAGAGGCUAGAGAAGAUGAUACAGAGGAAGAUGUGAACUACAUUGGAGGUACUGGAUUUCAGAGAUAUGGAAACCAGAGUGGAAACAAAAACUUUUUUUGGCAGUGGUCAGAAGAGUAACUACAACCAGAGUUCACAGUAUCAGAAACUCUUCACCAACACAAUGAACUAUGGCAACUCAGCUUACUAAAACCCACAACCACCCACCCAGGAGAGUAAGUUUGAUGCCAUGAUUGAUAAAGUUCUGGAAGGUCAGCAGAAGCUUACGGUAAACUUCAAUGGGAAGAUUGAUUAUGUCUUCAACAAUCUAACCACAAGGAUAUACACCAUUUGCACUCAAGUUAAGAAACUUAAGACACAGAUUGUCCAGACUGAAGACUCUAUCAGGAGGAUUGGAACUUCUAAGGAAGUAGGGGAAGGAAAUAGGAAACACCACAUGAAUGCUAUCAUAGAUGAUGAUUUUUGGCAAGUGGUGAAACAUGAGAAGCUACAAGAAGGAGACUUUGAAGUGGAAAGUUCAUUUAAGUUUCGGUGGAUCACAAUGGUGUCGAUCGACACCAACUAGUCCACAUCGAUCGACAUCAAGUAUGUCAUUUCCGGAUACGACUGCAGACUGCAACGCGGUUAGGAUAUUGACACAUGCUGAAUUCACGGCUUCUCAUCCAUACCCACCCACCCACACCUACGAAGAUUUCGAUCGACGAGACGAGCCACUCAUCGAUCGACACAAAGACGAGAAACGUAUCGAUCGACCCUUUUCUCCACCUAUCGAUCGACACGCACCUCUCACAUACCGAGUGCAACUACCAUCAAUAGACAACAACCGAAUCAAUGCACUCAGACCCACACCGAAACCACAAGCUAACCCUACAGAGAUCACUGGUAACCCUUCAGACACUACUCCUACAUCAGAGGGAACUGAAGGAAGAAGGUUAAGGAGUAGGAAGGAGAAGAUUCCUAAGAACCUUAAGAGGGAAGCUAAUGAAAAAGAGAUUGAUGGUUUCACUAAGAGAGUUAUCAGAAUCCCACCAGAGAAACUUUUUGAGGAGGUUUACUUCACAAGCAGAUUGUGGAUGUUCUUCAGAAAAACUAGGGAGACUAAAACUGACAUUAAGAGAAGGUUUGACAAUGUCAGAGAGGAUAUGAGGAAAAUGAUUACUUUGCAAAAGAAGAGUGAUCCUGGGAAGUUUGCAAUACCCUGUAUAGUACAAGGGAUUGAAUUUCCUCAUGCACUAUGUGACACUGGUUCAUCAAUCAACAUCUUACCAAAGGUCAUGGCAGACCAUCUGGGCCUGCAAGUAGAACCUUCACCAGAGAUCUUUACAUUCGUGGAUUACACUCAGAAAAACUCUGGAGGCUUCAUCAGAGACCUGGAGGUACACAUUGGUAAUGCUAUCGUUCCUGUGGAUUUUAAUGUCCUUGACAUCAAGCUAAAUUGGAACUCUUCCUUCUUACUUGGAAGAGCAUUUAUGGCUACAGUAGGAGCCAUAUGUGACAUGAACACCAACAGGAUGUGCUUGACUAUGAUAGAUCCAGAGAUCCACUACGACCCUGUCAAGCUUGGCAAACCACCAGCCAAAUCAGUGGUAAAAGAAGAUGAUACUGGUAUCAUAGCAGUUUGUCAUUGUGAAGUCGAGUAUGAGACAGAGUACUCGGGAUCGAUCGACAGCACUUUAACAUCAUCGAUCGACACUUGCAAGACAGAGGAGAUCGACAAAAAAUAUGGAUCAUUGAUCGACAGAGACCCACCAGAUGAUGAACUCGAUCUACCAGAUCAUUGCUACCCGAAUUUCGCCAUCCCACCCAGCCGAAAGAAAGAUGAUUACUCAGUAAGGAGUUGGGCAGAUAGCGGAUUUCAUGAGAGUUUUGUAGUAGACAUAGCCACCUCUUCCCACAGUGGAGACCACAGUGAAGAACAUGAUGCAGACUAUUGGAAAGAGAGAGCUUGGGAAAAUUACUUGGAGAAUGACAGAUUUGCAAUUCGAUUCCCACAAUUGAUCAACAUCAAACGCCCACAAUCGAUCGAUUAUCUACUUCAUCCCGCAAAACGACAUCGUCCAUCGAUCGACAUCGCCAGUAUCACAUCGAUCGAUAUUAACCCGGACGACUUGAAGGACAAAAUCAGAAUUUCACCGAUUAGGACAACACAUGGGUAUAAAGGGUUGACAACUCAAGCCACGAAAAUUCAAAACUUUUCACCUUCUACCCAGCAGCUUCCAACAUUCAGAAACCUAUCAAUGGAGGACUGCAACAACAUGUACAAUCGAUCCAACCGUGCAGCUAGACGUGCACCAUCGAUCGCCACCACCACAGCACCAUCGAUCGACGCCUUCAACAGAGCUCAACCUCGAUCUCAUGAACCUUACGAUAUCAGGAACGUUUCACUAACACCUGAUGAAUUUGGAAUUUUCAGGGAACAGAUGGCUAUGCAAGAGCAAUGGAUGGAAGAGUUCUGCACAUAACCAGAGAAGACAUAGCAGACAUCCUCCAAGUUGCUAAUGGACCAGAAAACCUGUUCACAGAGCAACGUAGCCAUCCAGACAUCCUAGCUCACGUCCAGGACAACCACAGCACCAACACAAGGGAGGAUACAGUUGCUCAACAAUUCGGUCAACCUAGGAAUUCACCAUCGAUCGACAUCGUUUCAACACCAUCGAUCGACGGCGGAUAUUCCGGAUCGAUCGACAGACCAAGAGUCAGAUCGCCCGACCGAAGAUUAGAGUUUAGACGACGCACCUUCAAUACCGAUGGAUCCAAGAGAUUCAAAUGGGAAUCUAAGGAUGAAUAUGGUGUCUACAGAGAUGAGUUUGGCUAUGCUAGAGGAGUUGAUGGUGAGAUCAUCCAAGUUACCAAGGAGCAAGUAAAGAGGAUUCUGGAUAGAGCAUCCCUUUUUCACAAAGGUUGCUAACGCCUUCCAGUACACACACGCCCUUACCAUGCAUACAUACCACCACCAGUACCCUACAGUAAAGAAGAGAUAGAUGAUAUGGUGACUGAUGUAUGGAGAGCUCAGGCAGACCUUGAGGCAAACUUGCACACAUUGGUGGAAGACACUUUCCAGCCUUUGGAUGUCAGUUACAAGGACUUCCAGAAUGAUAUGGCUGAGAUAAGAGUGGAGCUUGGAAACAUAUUGACCAUGCUUGAGAAAGAGGCUACGCCACCAGUAUCGACCGACAGAGUAACUGUACCAUCGAUCGACAUCGGCAAGACUACAUCCAUGGACCGACCAGAAUGUUCAUCACCUAAGAGAGAUGAAUGGGAGGUUGCCUAUAUCAAUACACGGAUUGGAGUGAUCAAACAUAAGCUGUACGAAGCCAUGAAUUUUAUGGAGGAGAGACUCAUAGAACGAAGUGAUGACAUUGACAACACCCUCAACGAAAGAGUGACCAACCUCUGUAGAGCUACUGGUCUAUUGAAGAAUGAGAUAAGCAAUAUGCAGAAAAUUCUUGCGUACCAAGGCCAACGCUCAGAAUCGAUCGACCCAGAUGAUACAGAGUCGAUCGACAGCGAUCCCAGCGAAACGACCGACGCACUAGUUGUAGCAUCGAUCGAUACCGCAUCCUUGGCAGAUCAAGAUCAACAGAUUCAAGACCAGCACGAAAAAGAACAACAUGAAGAACUACCUGAGCAUUCGAGAUUUAAUUUCUAUCAGCAUCAGUUAGACACGGAAGAUUUGGUCAGAAGGUUGCAAGUCAUCAAACCAGAUUUAGCAAAGAUAUAUCCUAGAAGGACAAGAUCAGAUGAUGCAACAAGAAGCUUCACUGCUGCUGAGUCCAAAGAUGAGGGAAAUGUUUGCCCACCAGCAAACAACAACCCCCACUGCACCCCAUGAGUCACUCACCUACCACAGUCAAGCUAAAUGACUAUAACAAAGCGCUGAGUGGGAGGCAACCCACUAUUAGGUUUUGCUUUUAUUUUUCUUUAUUUUAUUUAUUUUUCAUUUUUGCUUUUAUUUUUCGGAUUUAUUUUGCAGUUUUUAUUAGAUUCAAGUAGAAUGAUGAUUCCAUCGACCGACAUUCACCAUUCAUAUCGCUCGACACCACACGACCAUUACUAACGAUCGACGUAUACCACUACGAAUCGAUCGACACCUUGUCGAUCAGGUUUAUUCAUUCUAACUUGUUAUAUUUAUUAAUUAUGAUUUAUUUAUUUACCUCACCACCGGCUGUGUUACACUGGGACAGUGUAAUUUAAGUCUGGGGGGGAGUUUACUAAUAUGUGUUUUUAUUUUGUGUUUUUAUUGUUUUUCAAAAUUAUUUUUCGCAUAAGUAUUAAAUAGGAACAUUGAUAUAGAUUUAUAUUUGAUUGUCUGACCACUCUUUAGCACCAUUCUAGAUUACUGAUUGCAGAUAGUACUAAAGAUGCUAAAGUGGAUCAACCUGCCAUCUAUAUUCACUAGCUAAGAUUGUUUGAAGGAACCAAAGCUGACCUCCAACACUAAUACUGACUUAUUUGCUUGUCUUGGGGAUUGGAAAUCACUGGAUCGGAAUCCUCUCACAAGUCUGGAAGGUAAAAAGUCUGUGUGUUUAUGGUUCCCUUCCUUCUCUCUCUUCAGCGUCUCGAGAUCUAAGUUUAUGUUAUAAAAGAUUGAAAUGAUUUCUUGAGAGGCAGAGGGGUAGGAGUGUCUCCUGCGACCCCAGUAUUCUAAAUCUCAAGGAUGAUCACACAUUGUGGAAACGAGGGAUAGGUUGAGUACCGAACCCCAUUAUUCGCUACACUUUGCCAAAAAUGUAUGAGUUACAAUGCAAAUGUCAAUGAGAUGGACUAGAUGAACUAUGUGGCAUCGAAACCUGUUGCAUUGAAACUAAUAAGAGAUUCAGAGAAGAGAGAAGAGGGGAGAAAGGGAUCAGAGAAGACUACCUGUGUGUUCAGAUACUUGUUUGAGUUGAAUCCAUGUGUCCUUUGAUCGAUACUCUCAAAGUAAAGCCUGCACUUUUAUUUUAUGUUAAGAAAUGAGGUUGGUAGAGGGGAAUGUCAGAUGAGAUUUGCUAAGUUGUUGACUAGAUGAGUUUGGUUGCUAAGCUAGGAUAAAGCAUAAUGAACUUCUGUGAUUAGGAUGUUUAGACAUGAAUUGCAAACCCAUAGAGUGAUGACUUCAAUAUUUUUAAUCUUUGAGUUCCUGCUAUUUUCAAACCUUUUCCAAAGACUACUGUUUUUGCUUGAGGACAAGCAAAGGAGUAAGUCUGGGGGAGUUGAUAUACCAUGGAUUUUACCAGUUUCUAACCAUUGUAUACUAGUAUUUUAUUAUAUAUUUAAUAUGUUUUCUAGUCUGUUAGGUAUGUUUUCAGGUUCAGGAGCAUUUUGUGAGAAAGUGAUGUUUUUGGAGCAUUUUGGAGUACAAGAGAUGAUAUACCCGAGUUGACCAUUCAAGACUAAGUCGGAAGUCAACAUUGCGAUUAUAAUCGAUCGAUACUCAUCAUGAGUUAUCGAUCGAUGUAGCUGAGAAGAUCCGCGUACUAGAAGAUUAUAAUCGAUCGAUACACAUCCAGUGUUGUCGAUUGAUAUCGAGGACGAAAUGGUUUAGCCGACUACUUCACCAAGACUUCACCAAAUUACGAGAUUGCCCCUGACGAGUUUUUAACCUAAUGGAAAUGCUUAAAUAUUCCUGCUAAGUGUUUUUUGACGCAACCUUCGAAAGAAGCAAGCUUUUAACAACCCUCAAAGCAGAGAGUGUGAGAGAGAGACUAGAGUUUUAUUUGUCUUGAGAGAUUGGAGAGAUUUCUCAUCUCCUUUUGUAUUUCUACUUUAUUCUAUAUAUGCAAUUCUUUCAUCUA